CCUAACCUAAUUAAGGUGGGAAAAAAAUAAAAAAGGCAGGGAGGAGCUGAGGCGCCGACGACGGGAUUCUCGUACUAUCGGCGACAAUGUACACGUGUGCGGUGAACUAUAAACGACGUCGCGUGGCGGUUCAAGCAGUGUCGUGUGAAGAAAGAACUAAAAUGGCCUAAACAACCACUUGACCAUUACAUUACAUGUUUGGAUAAUCAAUCUCCUUCAAAGAACGACCACCGAAUUUUUCCCCUUCAACCUUGUACUUCUACACACGCAAUCUCAUCCCAUUUUUUCUUUUUCUUCUCCCGAUAUCGCGUAUCCUUCCAUUAGAAUAUUCCUCCCUUCAACUAUUUUUGGAAUCCUAGGGUUUCACAUUCCGGAUCCCAAUCCGCGGUUCUAGCUGCACUUGUAUUUCAGAUUUUCUCAAUUUAAUUAGAUUAGGUAUCUUGAUUAUUUUUUGUAGUUACGAUGCCGCCAUUUUUGUCGACCUCGAAGGCCCUUUGCUCCUUGGCAUCGCGCAAAAGUGGCGUGAGUCAAUUGAUUAGGUCUAGCAAGAGCAGUUGGAAACUCGAUGGAUGCAGAUGCAUCACUACCGCCAUUACCGGCCAUCACAUUCAGCCUUCCUUCUCUCGCAUUGGCUUUUCCCCUCUCACCGGAGGAUUGUGCAAUAGUAAUACUAAUUAUAAUGUUGUUCAAACAAGACAAUUUCUUGGAUGCGGAGAUGGUGAAGAAGGUAUUCUAUCCAGAAAUUACGAGGAGAGGCGCGUUUUGGGGUACUCUCCAGAGCAAUUAUUUGAUGUUGUUUCUGCUGUUGACUUCUAUCAUGGUUUUGUCCCAUGGUGUCAAAGGUCGGAGAUACUUAGACACUAUCCAGAUGGAUCAUUUGAUGCUGAGUUGGAGAUUGGAUUUAAAUUCCUUGUUGAAAGUUAUGUUUCUCAUGUUGAAUUGGACAGACCAAAGCGUAUAAAGACAACUGUGUCGCAGAGUACCCUGUUUGAACAUUUGAUAAACAUAUGGGAGUUUAACCCUGGCCCUGUUCCAGGAAGUUGCGAUCUUUAUUUUUUGGUGGAUUUUAAGUUUCAGUCUCCACUUUACAGACAGAUUGCAUCGAUGUUCUUUAAGGAGGUAGCCUCUAGGAUGGUUGGUUCAUUUACUGAGCGUUGCCGCUUGGUAUAUGGACCGGAAGUGCGGGUCCUUGAAAACUCGUAUGGAAAAAGGGCAUAAAAUUCUGCACCAGUUUCUUGUCUUGAAGAACAUAGUUGACGUCAAUUUACAGUCUCUGCAUCAAUUGGGCGUGUUUUUAUUGUUUGCCGCUCAAUGCUAAAUGAUUGAUCAUUUCUACUUUCUAAUCCCUAGUGAUUUUUGUAAUUUAUAUGUAGAUGAAUUCUACAAAAUACUGCGAACAAUCUCGAAGUUGACAUGAAGUUAAGAUGAAGAAAAAAAAAGUGCACAUUCUAAUGGCCUUUUUCCCCCGUAAA